GAGACAAAAGUGGUUCCUCUGUUUUCAGCUCAUUUUCUCCUGGACUCGCUCAGACAAACAGCUCCAUCAUGUCUGAUGACUUCUCCUCGUCUUUUGUCGCAGACUUCGGGUCCAUCUACGAGGAGCUAAACUUCACGUACAACGACUCCGGCUUCGUCCUGGACCCGGAGACGCAGCCCUGCCCGCACUUCUCCGUCAGCGACGUCGUCAUGGUGCCUAUCUCCGUCUUCUACAUCCUGGUCUUCCUCUUGGCGCUGCCCGGCAACCUGUGCGUCUCCGCGGUGAUCGCCAACACCAAGCAGGCCCUCCCGCCGUCAGACCUGUACCUGCUUCACCUCGCCAUCGCCGACCUCAUCCUCGCCCUCACGCUUCCGUUUUGGGCCGCCUCCGUCACGCUCGGAUGGAUUUUCGGAGACGCCAUGUGCAAAAUCGUCACCGUUUUCCAGGAGCUGAGUUUUUAUUCCAGUAUCCUGUUCCUGUCGUGCAUUAGCGUGGACAGAUAUCUGGUGAUCGUCCACGCGAUGGAGGAGAGAAGGAAGGACCGUAAAAUACUCAGCUGGAUGGCGUGCGCGGCCGUGUGGUUGGUCGGAGCCUUCUUGUCACUUCCUGGUCUCUUUAGCUCCGCCUACGCGUCGCAAAACUCAAGUCAAAUUGUGUGUCACGAACGCUACGACCCGACUAGCGCUGAUUCGUGGCGUUUAGCGACGAGAAUCCUGCGUCAUACCUUAGGUUUCUUGAUCCCGUUAGCGGUUAUGCUAAUCUGCUACGGCGUCACGAUCCAGCGCUUACUGCAAAUCCGUGGAGGUUUUCAGAAACAGAAAGCGAUGAGAGUGAUCGUUUGUGUCGUGGCGGCGUUUUUGUUAUGCUGGAUGCCCUACCAUUUGGCGGUGAUGGCGGACACGUUUUUCCGGACGAAGCUGGUGCCGUACCAGUGUCCGGCGCGGUUAGCCGUGGACCGCGCCAUGCUAGCGACGCACAGCCUGGGUCUCCUGCACGCCUGCGUGAACCCGGUGGUCUACGCCUUCGUGGGGGUGAAGUUCAGGAGGAGGUUCAUGCAGAUCCUCAGGAAGUGCGGCGUCGUGAAGACCAGACCAGCGCCACGGCCGAGUCGCACCUCCGUGUCCUCAGAGAUCACCUCCGUCUUCAUGUGAACGUCUCAAAACAUCUGGACAUCGGGGACUGUUGAGUCAAACUUUGGUCAUAGUUUUACGUUCAGGUUUUAAACAUCUUUGGGCAUUUGGAGAACAUCAGGAGAUCUGUUGGACAUUGGUUUAGAUCCAGAUUAGACCCAGUUCAGUCUUGGUUCAGUCCUGGUUUUGUCCUGAUCUAGACCUGGUUUAGUCCUGGUUUAGUCCUGGUUUAGUCCUGGUUUAGUCCUGCUCUAGACUUCUAUGUGAGAAGACCCAAAAUAUCUUCAUAAGCUUGUUAAACUAUUUUGCUCUGAGACGCCAUUUUGAGGACUUAUUACUGUUUAAGGUUUAGAAUAUUUCUUGUGAACUGUUGCUUACUG